CACACGCCUCGCGUUUAAGAAGAGCUUGACGUCUUCUUUCUCCUCUUCCUCGUCUCCGUCUGUUUCUUUCUCCCUCUUUUUUCCUUCUCCUCGAGUCCUCCUUCCCAAGUAGUAAAACCACCUGUCUGCCCGUCAUGUCCGCAUACGAUGCCGCGGAGAACAUCACGGACGAGGCCAACAACGUUUACGACGCGCGCGAUGUGCGGAGCGCGAGUCCGACGCGCCUCAAAAAUCUGUAUGACGCUCUGAGUGUGCGAAUUGCACAGUUCACCGUCGAGUUUCUCUACACCAACCACGUCAAGCCCCAUGUCGUGUUCAAACUCAACUUUGCCACUCCCAUCGGCCCCGGCCGCCGAAUCAACUCGGCGCGCGUUUCCAUGGAGCUGGGCGAAGGCGACAAGACGGGCGAGCAGGGUCCCGGAGCCUGCCAGAUCAAACUCUGCGGCUACACCGGUCGGACCGCGCGCGCCUCGGCCGGCUUCCAGUUCACUCUUCGGGCUAACAUGACCCUUGCCCACAUGAUCCAGUUGAUCAAUGGCGAGUACGCUCAGCUUCCGAACACGAUGAGAACCGACAUGAAGAAAUUCGAGUUUGUGGACAUCAACAACUACUUUGACGGUUGCCGCGACUGGAUCGCUCAAGGCUUUGUUCGGGCGCACGCCGCAGGCUUUGUCGACUGGGCCAUCAGCGGCAUCCUGGGCCCCGACGGACAGCCGAUUCAGCGCGAGAGUCUGAGGCCGCGGCCGAACGCGCGCGUGACUCUGAUUAACUGGCACGGCGCAGGCUUUCACGACGUCAUCGGCAAGUUCUUUGCGCAGCCGCAGGCGGUAUCCGGCUCGGCCACGCCCGUUGUCUACUAUCAUGACCUUCCCGUCGAGAACGGCAUCUUCUGGGCGCCGCACUUUCAGCGCUUUGUCACCGACGUGCAGCAGCGGUUUAGACUGCCGUACCGAGUGCCGCAGCCCAACACCGGCGCGGCUGGCACCACAGCCGGCCCGGCCGGGCGUGGCGGUGGCGUUACCGCCGGCCGUGGUGCCCCAGCUGCUGCUGCUGGCCGUGGUGCCGCUCCUCCUGCCACUGGCCGCGGUGCUGCUCCUCCCGCCACUGGUCGUGGCGCUGCUCCUCCUGCUACUGGUCGUGGUGCUGCUCCUCCCCCGACUGGUCGUGGUGCUCCCCCUCCUGCCACGGGGGGUCGUGGUGCUCCCGCAGGCCGUGGUGGCGCUCCUCCUGUGGGGAACGGUCGGCGUGAUGGUUAA